AUUACUAAUAUCCUUCGUUCGUAAAUACUCGUACAAAUAUAUUUGCACCUUGCCUCGUACCAACGUCUACACCAGCCGCAGAUAUCGACUAGAAAAAUCAGUCUAUCCAUCGAACUGAACUGGUUCAACCAUCAAGCUCCCGAAACCCUUCGGGUAUAUUGCCUAGUUUUAUAAGAAAUCAUGGAAAUUUCGAUAAGUUACGCGACUCUUGUAUUAACGGUGCUUUGGAUCACCCAUGGUGGCGAUGCAGUUUCAGUUUUUCAAUUUUUCGAAGAUAUUCCCGAUGGGCUUUUGAAUUUUUUCAUGUUAGAUUGCGAGCAAAGUAGUUUGAACGAGGCUCGAAAUGUGUUCAACGAGUUACGAGAUCAUCUUCCUGGUCGUAGAGUUGAUAUCGUUACCGUGCCUUUGGAUUUGGAUAAACGAGAACUCAAACCUCUCAUAUACACCAAAACCAUCGAUCAAAUGGCCGAGACUUUGGAAAAUUACGCCUGCUCCUCCAAUCUCCAAGAAGAUCCUCCAAGCACUUACGAUACCACAGACUCGGUUAUUCUAUCGUUGAUACCUCAACUGCACCCGAAAGAUGGCAUCAUACUUUUCGGAUCAAUACUCAACUCGACCACACCAUCUAUGAGUUCGUCGAUACAUCGACAACUCAAACCAAAAGGAAACCAAAUACACAUAUUACAUCGAGAAAACACGCAUAUUUCUGGCGAAUACCAGGAUUUAAUCAGACUCACGUGGGGACAGGUUAUCACCUACGGUAACAACGACCGCGUAUCUUUGUCUCAGCUAGACGACUUUAACAAUAAUUACAACAAUUACAACAACAACGAAACUCACUUCAUUCAAGCUUUUGCACAGCCAAAUUACAAGACUUCAGUAACGAAACAUCGUCUUCAGCAAGACACCCGAACCGAGAUCAUCUUACCCCAAGGCACAUUCCGCGUAUUCAUCAACAUCCACGGAAUUUUACGCAAAGCUUUACUACUCAGUCCAACAGGCAUUUCUAUAAAUUUAUUACCAAUCGAUAACGCAUCUCGAUUAUUACGGAAUCGGACGGUGAAUUUCGACAUGACUGUGCUGAAAAGUCCAUCUAGUUGGACUCUUUCGUGCAACGGCGAACAAUACAACGUCACUGUGAUGAAACUACGCAACUUCGAAGAUCGCUUGUUGACAGAUAAAUCCAUCUCCCCGGACCAGUCUCACGUUUCAGUCGCUCUGAAGCAAAGAAGCAUCAAUCCGGAGCACUCGAUGACGAAACGAUUGGAUUUACUCAGACCGCAAUUCUACGCAGACGGUCAAUUCGAUAUGGAUUUGGGUGCUUGGUACGCCAACAGCAAUGAUUUUCCGACCACUAUCGAUGUCGAUCUGCAGUCGACUUUUUUCUUGAUGCCAGGAGAAAUGGCCAGAAUACUGUUACAAGUGAGGAAUAAUAAACCGAUCCAGACUAGGUACCAUUUCGAUUGCGUUUAUCCGCAGCAACCUUGUGUGACGAGGCCCAGGACGGUUGUACUGAUGCCAGGGCAAAGUAUACCGGUUGAUUUGAUAGUCCGAGCUGAAGGUAUCGACGAUAGUUCCAAUAUAAUUACGUUCAUUUGCAAAGAUAUCGAAAUCGUUCACAGGAAGAUCUACUUGUUCAUUGGAAGACAGAGAUCCGACACAACUCGACCAGAUAUCGGUUUCGAAUACAACGGGAACUGCGACGAUGCCAAUACCGGAAAUACGUGUACCAGGAAACGAUGGAGCGUCGAAUUAUACGCCAGAGAUACCGGUUCAGGAUUACUCAGCUUCUGGUCUGAACCGUCUGGUUUGUACUAUACAUCGGAAUUCACCGUAGGAACGCGAGAUCCGGUCCCAGGAAGAUACUCAGCGAGCUGUUGCGAAACCAAAGUCGACAUAUUGGCUAUGGAUUUGAAAGGAAACGUUAAUAAAGUCGUAUUAGACGUCGAACAUCAAUACCUCAACUGGGUUGAAAUCAGUGCGAUUGUCUUAGCAGCCAUAUUACUCAUCCUGAUAAUAGCUCUGCUAAUCUUUCUACUCGUACGAUGGCGUCGAAAACGAAAAGAAAUGUCGUUUUUGAACAACUGAUUCCGGGCAGUUCAAAAAUAGUGUAGGUGUGCGGAUUGAAGACAGAUGUACAUUCGACUGGUCCUAGGAACGAUUUCUUCACCACUUCUACAGACUCGUUCACUUCGACUAUAACUUCUUAAUCAGUAUUAUUCGUAUAUACGAUUACUUUUGUACGAUAUUAGAUUAAUUAUCGAGAUAAAUAUACGUUUUGUUACGAAAAAUCGAA